GAAGGAGUCUGGAAGUUUUCAAGAGGCUGAACAUCUGGGCUGAGCAGCUGGAUCCUUACAAGACAUCUCUAAACAAGGCUCCACACAGCACCAAGGAUACAUCUCCCAUCAUCUGAGCCAGGUAAGAGACAUCACGCCCAAAUGGUAACUCAUGGCACAAAUUAAACUCCUGCUAACUGUGACAGAGCUGACAACAUAGUAAUACACUCACCAGUUUAAUAGAUUAAAAAAAAAAAAGAUGUGGCAUCACUUGAAUUUGACAAAUAACUGAUUUUGGUCACAAUUUAGUGAGAUUAAUGCAAAUGAUGCAAGAACAGUAACUAUAGCCGGUGAAGUUAACAAAUAUAACAAAACAAACAUAACAUGUUAAAUAUUUAAUUCUGCAUUAUUUAAUUUAUACAGUGUGUGUGUGUAUGUGUGUGUGUGCAUGUCACACGUCUGUCUAUCGAUCAGUCUCAAAGUUGACCUGGAAUGUGAAAUUGCAAUGCAAACAAAUCAGAAUUUUAUGGGUUUGUUGUAUCAGUUUUUUGUUGUUGUUAUUGUUAGCCACUGGAAUGCAGCAUCAAGUAAAUUGCCAUGGCAUUAGAGUGUUGCAAUUGUUAAAUGAUGCUUUGACCCAUAAUCACUGUGUUUGAAAGCUGAGAAGUAUGUAUUAGACCAGACCAAACUUUUUAGAUUCAAUAUUUCGAUAUAUUUCCAAGACACCCAAAGUCAAAACAAUUUUCUAGAGGGCAGGUUGUGUAAGGGGUACAGUGUGUGCAGGGGUGCAGUGUGAGGGGUACAGUGUGUGUAUGACUGGGGCAAUGUGUGUGUAUGGGGGUUAUUGUGUGUAUGGGGCAUAGUGUGUGGUGCAGUAUGUGUGUAUGGGGGAGCUAUUUUGUGGUGUGGGGGCAAAUUAAUAAAUAUAUACUUUUAUUUAUUUUUUUAUUAAAAAUAAAAAUAUCUCCCCCUCCCUGCUUACCUUUGCAGGGAGGGGGACAUUUCCUGUAAUCCCUGGUGGUCUGUGGGGAAGCCCUCGUGGUCCCAGUGGUGACAGUGAACUCUAGCAGCCUCAGGAGCUGCUAGUGUUCACUUUCGCGAUAUUUGGAGCAUUGCCGUGGUAACUGCAGCAAUGCUCCGAGCUCGCGAGAGGAGAACCCGGUGAAGCUGUAUGUUAGAGCUCCCCCAGGCCCUGCACCCCCAACCCCCCACCCCCCUCCGCCGGCUGUCAUCAAAGUGGUAGCGGGCAUCUCCCUUCCGGUCCUGCAGAGCGAGCAGGCGAGAGCACAGUUCCCGGUGCUAUGAUUAUAGCACCGGGAAAAUAUCUUGCGGCACCCCUGUGUGCCCGACAUGGCGCCCCAGGGCUCCACGGCACACAAUUUGGGAACCCCUUGAUUAGACACUAAUUUGUAUAACUAUACCAUAGUUAAUGUGUGUGUAUAUAAGUGAAUUUAGAUUUUAAAAAAAAAUCAAUUAUAUUUUUUAUUGCAUUCUGUUUAUAACACUUAAAAAAAAAAUGGAAGUGUGCAAAACCUUAGCUAUCGGAAGAAUGCAUGUUAGAACAAUCCUGAUGUUUAUAUCUGAAUCUCAAGCCAUCCCCAUUUUCCAUUUCCUUGUUUUGACCUGUUCCUCUCCCCUUAAAAUGAACCAGUGUUAUUCUGAAUUAUUAAACCCUCCAGUACAAUGCAUGUGCAUUGCUAUCCUCUUCUACUAAAGCUUUCAGAAUUGGACAUAAUUGUCAGAGUUCUUACAUAACAGGACAUCAGGAAUGACAUGAAAACUGGCAGCACACUAUGUACAAAACUUGCUCAUUGUUUGAUUACUCAUGGCAAACUCUGUGACUGAACUUUGCUUCAUACUUAGAAUGCUGAUUAGCGAUCCAAGCAAACAAGCAAAAUUAUUGUAAGUCUGAAGUUAACAUUCACACUAAUCGUUUGAGCCUGAAUGUAUAUUACUAAUAUUAUUAUUAUUAUUAAUAUAGAUCUAACAUAUUCCGUACCUCUGAAAAAAUGUUUUUAAGGCAACGGAUAUCAUUAGUACUACAGAUUUAUGGGAACUACAUUUCCCAUGAUGUUCAGCUAGUUGGGAAUUUAAUUCCCUGACAUCUAUAGUGCCCGAGCUAGCCACGCAGGCCUUAUUCCUUCCUUGUGUAGAUUACAAUUUAUCAAUGGAUUGCACAAACAAAGUGAGUUAAUUCUUCGCUCUCUGACUUGCACACUAACAUCUAAUUUUAAAGAGUCGAGUCUGAUUGAAUAUAUUAUUUUUUUUUAUAGCUAGAACAUACAAAAUACUCAUUGCUUUAAUUCACCUGCAAUAUCCAUUUCCUCUUUGUGGAUUGUGUGGGCCGACUGCCUAGAACAGCUGGAAUUUUCCUGGAAUCAAGACUUGUUACUGCUGUAGCUGCUAUGGAACAAUCAAUACCUCUUUUACUGCUUGCACUCAUCAAGCUGGUGACAUCCCUGUAUUAUGAAGGUAAAAAGCUUUAUCCUGUUUUAUUACUGCUGAGUGCGAUUGAUGUUUUCCCACUUAAUGCCAUGGCAAACAUUUCUGGAGAGGCUUGUAGAACAUGUCUCAAAUAAGGAGCAUCAGGAUUUCCUAUUAAAAACUCCAGGGAACAAAUAGGAAAUUGUGAUAACAUACCUGUGGUAUGCAUACACAUCAUUUCAAGUCAAUGAUUCCACAUCUUCUAAACCAGUGGUGGAUACUGUUUUAAGACCACUCGAAUUGUAUUAAUAAAGAGCACUGACACAAGUAUUGCUAAGCUAUAACAACAUAACUGAUCAAAACUAUUCAACAAAACAUUUUUGAACAGGGGUUUAGUCUAGUGGCCAACAUUUCCUCAUAUAGAAGAGAACCAUGCAUUUCCACUUUGGAAUUCAGCCUCUCUAUAUUUUAUCACCAGCAAAUGAAAGAGGGGUUCCUAGCAAUGAUUACUUUCUGAGAGACAAUGAGAAUGUAAAGUCAAGAUCUUCAAACCUAAAAGUGAAGGCUGGACACAAAACUAGAUAUUAUACAAGGCUGAUUUAUUGAAGAAUGCAGUGUUUCCACUAUAAAAAAACUUUCUCAAUACUAAGCUGAAGCAUUGCAUUGUAAGCUUUAAUAAGUCUGCCUUUGAUAUUAUCCAGUUAUGUGCCCAACCUUCUAUUUGUACAUUUGCUUCAGCCUGGUGGAGUUUCACACUAUUUGAUGUAUGCCUUCUCCUUGUAGAUGUUCUUUAAACUUGUCCACAGGACCCAUUAGAAGUUCCUGCUGUACAUUAUUUUGCAAAUGAAAGGCAGUAGCUCAAUCAUUUUGUAUUAGACCCAUAUUCUUUGAGAUAUGUACUUUAAUCCUAGCCUGUUGGUUGGUUUUUAGGUUUGAUUUGAAACAUACAAAGUCAAAGAGCCGAGAUCAAUAUGUAUACAGCCAUUCUAAAAGAAAGGCAAAGCAUAUGGAUCUUUGACCCAUUGGACAGCUAGAUAAAUUGUAUUUAGAAUACAGUAGUUGUGAACUAUGACAGUCUCUGGUAAAUUAUAUCUAGAUAACUGUUAAUUUGUAGGAGAUCAUAUACUAUAGUAUGCACAAGUCAACACAUGCUAAUUCUAUUUGCUUAUUCUCCCCCACCCAUCAUGAGUUGCGUCUAACAGAAUAUUAAUCUUUAUGUAAGAGGUUCACAUGUAUACUUACUCAAACAGGGUAUUUUAAAGUCUUAAAUAGGUUUUACAUUUUUGAAUCCUCAUUAUCUCAUGGGAGAUGAUGCUGUAAUGUUGACUCUCCCAGUGGCUGUUAUUCAAGGCAUGAAGGUAAUGGAUAUUUUUACUAUUGGUUGGCUGCUUUGAGUCAUGCUGCAUGAUAAAACAGUUGGACAGACCCUCUACAUAACAGCGUGCUGAGUAAUCCAUCACUAUGUCCUUAUAACGAGUUGCAGUAUACAUUCAUGUAUUUUAAAAUCAAAUAGCAAACAGCUUACUUUAGCUUUAAUUUUACCAUUUUGAUUUUAUUUUCUAAAAUUCAGGGUUUAGUGAUUAACCUUAAAUUGUGUUCUUUGUUCUUUUCCAAAAAUGUUUCCAAUAUCUGUAUUACUAACAAUCCACCAAUGGGAGGAUCUUACCCGAUUCUCUAUCUCAUGCCUCAAUUUAAUAAGCUUUCCAAGUGAAUCAAUUAUUUUAGAAAAACUUUUCAAAUGAUUUGUCUACCGACGUGACCAUUAACGUCUAUGGAAAGCUACAGUGAAUAAAUAGGAAUUAAAUUUAGGCCUAACAUGGUUAUUUGCUAAAUUCAUAAUUUCCAGGAAGUCCAAGUGAAAGGGAGAUCUACUCCAGGAUGGAUUUAUUAUUAACCACAAAUUAAAAAAGAUACUUCUCUCUGAAAGCCCAUUUCCAUCCCCAGGAACUAGUUAGUUUGCCAGCCAGUCUGUGGCCUCUGGUUAAUAUACAUUUCUUGUGAUGUUAAUGUAGAUGCACUUAUGUAGGUAAUACAGCCAUCAAUGUUCUCCAUGGCUUGAAAUGGUGGAAGAACUACCACUCAAGUGAAUAGAUAUUGCCAGUGUCUUGUAUUUAGAUGAGCUGGACUUAGAUCAUUCAUUAUUCAAGCAAUCGGAAAACUAGCUCUCGUGUAUGUGUGUUUCUCCAUAUACCUGCAUUAAAACGAGGGUUCUCCAUAAACUUCUAGAAUCCAUUAGUUUUUGAGGAACAUAUCAUCAGUUGUACAUUUUCUUGUUCUCUUCCUGGUCGAAGGAACAGACUAUAGUGUAGGUGCAAUGGAAAGUGCAUAUUCUGCAAAAACCAUGGACCUGAUGUUAAGUCUUGGUGAUAUCUUUGUUGGUAUGUAUGAUACAUUCAUUGCCUGGAGUGAAGAGAUCGCCCUUUGCAGUGAAUAGUAAAGGCUUUUACCUGAUCAGGAGUCUCAUGCUCGUGAUGUGCACUAGAUUUGCCCUGAACACUUUCUGACUUCCUUUCUUCUGAUAAAUGGGGUUUAGUGAAUAUAUGUCUUUGUUUCCUCUCUAGGGAUAGUGCAAUAUUCUACUGGAGUGGUGUAGGCGUAGCUGAGAACAUGUGUCAGGUAUAAAUAGACAUUUUUCAGAAUUCUCUUGGUUUAGAUGGCAUUCUUGGCAAAGUGUCUUAGAUCCGGUGGGACCAUCCUGAUUUGAAACCCGAGCCACACAGUACUGGGUUACGCCUCCAGUGUCUUGGUCAAUAGACUACUGUGUGACAAAAAAAUUAGAAAACAUCUCUUUCUCUCUCUGCCCUCUAUGUCUUUCUCUAUUAAUAACUGGGUUAGUAUCUGGAUGCAGCUAUUAUAUAGAUGCAGUUCCGUGUCCUGGCCUGUCUGAGAUUAGUGUGAGUUUCACUCCUGGAUAGAAAUUUGUAUUAGGCUUAGCAGCCCUCGUCUAUUACUGAUAUACCAGGAGACAUGUGCUGCGGAAACCGAGGCAGUGGGGUUUAUUCACAAUACUACAGAUUGUAGAGAACGGAAGUCUGAAUGGCAAAAUAUAAAAUAGAACUGCUAAUCUAGAAAUAUUAUGCAACUCCUCUAUAGUUGUAACUCUGUGAUUUUAGCUUAAAUACUAACAUAGACCAUUUAAAAUGCUACAGUUUGGAAUAUAGUAAAUAAGUCUGAGUGUGAUCCUCGCUCCCCAGCAUAUCAGUAAUGGGAGAGGAAUUAAAUUAAAGGGACACUAUAGUCACCAGAACCAUUGCAGCUUAAUGUACUGGUUCUGGUGUCUAUAUCCUGUCCCUGCGGUGUUAGCACUGUAAAUAGUGUUUACAUUGCUGCCUAGUAACACCUCUAAUUACAGUCACGCAGAUGGCCAUUAGAUGUGCUUCCUACUUUCAGCAUCUCCACGCUCUGCAUAGAGGCAUUGAAUGUUCCCCAUAGAGAUGCAUUGAUUCACUGCAUCUCUAUGAGGAGAUGCUCCUUGGCACAGCACAACGUUUUGCUGCACAUAUGCAAUAAUGUCCCAGUGCUUUUCGAUGGGAAAUUAUUGGAUUGGCUGAGAUCAUCAGUACUGAUGAUUUUAGCCAUGGCAACAAAACUGUCAGGGCCAGCCUGAGAAAAGGUGAUUAAAAUCAUCUUUUUACUGUGAUCGGAGGUGGGCCAGUUACCUAAACAGCCAAUUCAGGACUAUAGUGUCAGGAAUACAUGUUUGUAUUGCAAUCGCUACCCUGGAAUAUAACUCCCACCGGUCUUAAACACACCCAGUCAUUAUGUCCCGAUGCAGCCCUUAGAUUAAAGUAACUAUAGCCCCAAUAGUGCCUCUAACGCUAGCCCUAACUCUGAAAUUACAAAAUCAUAUAACAUAGAACAUACAUGAUAACAUUGUGGAGCAUAUGUUAAAGGAAAAGAAGGAUACUUUGAUGUUCUGGUUUAUUAUAAUGUCUCCAGAACUCUUUAAUGUCAUUAUUUCCCAUAAUAUUCUUAUAAUAUGACCAGUUGGAUUUCAUGAACCUGUGCAGCCACUUUAACGUCGUGAUACUUUAUGAAUAGCAGUUUUUGUAACCCCAACAUUCUCUCACUAAAAUCUCAUUUCUAGAAAUUGGCCUUUCUUUGUCAGUAAACUGGACAAAUGCUGUUGACUCAACAAUACUCUAUAAGCACUCCUUAAUACUCCAGCGCUGUGGACUAUAACUACUGCCAUGCUCAGUCAACCUGUAGGGGUUCAACAUGAUGUAGUGUGUAAUCACCAGCAGCUGGCAGUCCUGAAUAUUCCUGUCUUUGGCAUAGAGGAUAUAUUUUAUUAUUCUGAGCCCUUUGUGCUUUGAGGUUUCAGUGGGCGCAGACAGAAGCCUGCAUAGGUUUAGAGAAAUAGCAUUAAAAAAAGAAACGGAGGCAUUACACAGAAGACACUUGUAAUUUUUUCCAUAUGUGUUUUGGGUUUGCAGAAGAAAUUUUGUAAAAGAGCAAAGAUCAAAAUAUUUCUUUCUCCAUGACCAUUUGAAGUCAUUGUCUACCAUGUAUGUGUUAAAAUGGUUAAAGGGAUUCUCAAUGCAAUUUCUUUUGUGCCAUUUACAUUUGAUUCAUAUUUCACUCAUUAAUAAUAAUCACUCACCCUUAUAUCAUCAGGCUAAUUUCCAUAUCCUAAUGAUCAUUGCCAAAUGAAAUGCUUCUCACAGAGAAGCAUUGUGUACCAGACAGUGCACACGCCACUUAAAUAAUUCCUGGUCCUCACAAUAUUUGAUCAAAUGUUAUGCUUUUUCCUAAAUACAUCAUCCACACAUCACUAAACAGAAAAAGUGAAUAAAUAUUUCCUUUUCUGAAGGCAGACGCACAAACAGAUUUUUAUAAGUAAGCUAGACAAUGAUUCACAUUGCUGGGGGUUACCAACUAAAGUAUUUUGCAGCUGUUAGCUUAAGCUGAGUGUUCAAGCCGUACAUCUGUGCAAAAUCAAUCAACUGAAAAAACUAUGCAUUUAAAAUGAAAGUGUGAAUUGUAUUACCAGCUACUAGACAUUAUUUUAUUCUAACAAAUAGAUUGUAUUUCUUUUAAAAAUUAAACAAGUUACCUUUAGUGCAUAACCUGCAUAGGUUAUGAUGCUGAGAGUCAAAUUUCUGUUUUUUAGGAAGUGUCAGCAACAUCACAAAUAAUUAGAAACAAAGUGCCACUCCGGCCAAACAACAAUUUAUGGGAAUCCGAGGACACAAAUUUUGUGUUGAAUCGUUCAAAAAAAGUUUAACACUGUAAAAUAAGAUGAAACCAGGGACCUCCAGUCCCCAUAACAACUUCACUGGGAUGAAGUCAUUAUUGGCCAAAAUCGGGGUCACACUGUUCCUUUAUGUUAAAUUGCCUAGAAAAAUGUAUACCUCUCUAAAAAGUUUCCAGUAAAUGGAACAUUUAUAUACUACUGAAGAAGGUGAAAGAGAAAGGAAAGUGAAAUGUUUCUCUCAUUGAAGCAAGUCAAAGCAGAGGUGUAGGGUUCCAGCAAAGCCUUGCUUUUUGUUAAAUUGUUUAAAAAUGGAUUGAAAGGUGGACAACAGUCAUAGACACAUUACCAUUACAUAUCAUUACCAUUACAAUGAGCUGUUGUGGUUAUGGUGCUAAAAGUGCAGCUCCAUUUCAGCAUUGCGCAUCAUGUUACAGGUGCUGCUUUAAAAGCACAUUUUAUAGUGCAUGUGAUUGAAGAGCUGCCUAGACAGGUUAACCCAUCACAGUCAUCAUGAAGAAGCAUAUAUAAGACUAUACAAGAUAUUUAUUAAAGAGGCACUGUCACCAUCUGGGGGCAUAAUUUGCAAAGACCCCUGACAUCGCCGCUGGGGUCCGGUGGCCUGGGGGGGGCAGGAAAGGCAAGUCGAUCUCUCACAGGUGCCACCAUCUUCUUUUGGGCAGACCUCUUCUGCAUGCGCAGGAGUACAGCACUGAGGAUUCUCCAUAGAUAGAGCCAGUACCUUGUAGCUGUCACUGGUGACGGCUGGAGAAGUGGGGAGUGACAGUGCUGCUGUCAAGACGGUACACAUAUUUUUUUUUCUCCAAAUUUAAUAGUUUCAUGAUUUCAUACAUUUGGAAUGUCAUUAUUCAGCUCAAGUACUGUUCAUACUGCCAGAAAAUCAUGAGAUUAUAUACAUAAAAUUUUCCAUUCGGUAAAUGUAACAUGUACAUGGAACAAGGAAAAAAAACUUGCUAUAGCCAGCUGAACGUUGGUAAAUAAGAAAUAUAAAUCAAAAUUAGGGGAACAAUUAAAUGUAGGAGGGAGGAUAUCAAAUAAUAACAAAUACUAAAAUUAUACCUCUAUCUAGAUUACUUCAAUUUCUUGAUGUAUAUAAAAAAAGUGCACGUCAGAAAUUUAUUCAACCACCAAAAAGGCCAUCAUAACAUAAUACUGUUAAAAAAAAGAGAAUAUUUAAUAUACAAUUAAAGUCACUGAAACUAAAAAAAUACCUACUUAAAGGGACACUGUAGGCACUCAGACCAAUUCAGCUAAUUUAAGUAGUCUGGGUGCUGUGUCCCUUUUGCACUUAGUGCUGCAAUGUUAAACAUUGCCAUUUCAGAGAACUGCAAUGUUUACAUUGCAGCUCUAAGUCUGUCCACAAUGGCUGUCUACCAGACUGCCACUAGAAGGCUUCCUGAAUCGGGUAUCUGAUGCUGGACAUCCUCACGCACUGCAUGAGGCCCUCCAGCGUCAGAUUUUUUCCCCAUAGGAAAGUAUUGAUUUAAUGCUUUCCCAUUGGGAGGUCUUUGUAUUCCUGGCACACUUAUAAUAUCCCUUUAACAGAGUGUACAGAUAGGCCAGAACAAUGGCAACAAAAAUUAAUCUGCCAGUCUUAUCAACUGCCUUCCAGUUUUCUAAUGCCCCUUCUACCUAAGCAGAGUAGUCUUCGGGAUUGUCCAAUUCUCUGGCAUUCUGUCAUAGUCAGGGUGAAGUUUCCAUCCAAAAAUGGCAAGAUAGUGCAUGCUAAUCAACGGCUCGACUAUGGUAUAGUUUAAAAAUAUAUAUAUAUUUUAAAUUGCAAUUCAUGUAGCUAUUAAUCCUGUAGUGAUGCAUUGUAAAAAAAAAUAACAAGUAUGUAAAGACUAAUAUUACAGUUAAAAUUAAAUAUAUCCAUAAAGUCCCACUGCAGCCAUUAAACUUUCUAGGGUUUAUAGGAUACGAUGAGCACUUACCCAGAAAGUUAUAAAAGCAUCAAGAUUAGAAAGGACUAAAAGUUACUUGCCCCCUUACCCUGGCAGGUACACAGCACACUCACCAGGACAGAAUAGCUAUGAAUUGUGGUUAUGGUAACUGAUACAUUGUGGGUUAGUGUGGAUGUGUCCACACAUAUCCAUGCGAGAAGAAAGCUUCAGGAAUAUAAAACUAUGUAUCUAUCUUGGUUACGCUAAAGGAAGUGUACUUGUCAUACUUGUUAUAUUAUAUACACAUACAUAAUAUUACACUGAUUGAAUAUAUGGAAUACAUAAUAUAACAAUUUCAAUACUAACCCAUACGUGAAGUAUAUCUUUCAAAGGCCUGGUUAUUAUGUAUUUUUUUGUUUCUUUCAUGUCAGGCUCGGGAUAUGCAGCUGACGAGAGUUAUAAUAACGAAGUACACAUUGAACAGCGCCCUUCCACUCCUUUUCUGGAUUACCGAGGUAGUAUUUUAUUCGUAUUAGUAAAUGUAAUUUAUCAGGAUUGGGUAACCGACAUGUUAUGGACUCCCUCUGCGUUAUUCACUAAAUCAUGAAUGUUCAAGAAUUUACUGUGAAUUUUAAAUUUUAGGACACAAUAGUGACAACUGCAAACAUAACCGUCCUUGAGAAUUUUCCAGUUUAAUGGACCACUAUAGGCACCAAGACCACUUCAGCUCAAUGUAGUGGUCUGGGUGCCAGACCCCCCCUAGUUUUAACCCUGCAGCGGAGAAACUGCUAUGUUUACAAUGCAGGGUUAAUCCAUCCUCUAGUGGCUGUCUCUCUGACAGCCACUAGAGGCCGCUUCCUCGAUUUACACCGAGUAAAUCGGACUUAUCUGACGCUGGACGUCCUCACGAAGUCCAGCAUCAAAUAAGACCCCGUAGGAAAGCAUUGAGUAAUGCUUUCCUGUGGGCGGGUUUGAAUGUGCGCGCGCCUCUAGCCGAGCAUACGCAUUCAGCUCCACUCGGUAGCUCAUGUCGGCAGGGAAAGAGAGGUUACCAGGGCUUAAGGUAAGUGGGUGAAGGGGUUUAAACCCCUUCAGCGCCGAGGGAGGGGGGCCCCGAGGGAGGGGGGCUCUCCAAGAACCUAUAGUGCCAGGAAAUGGGUUUGUUUUCCUGGCACUAUAUGGUCCCUUUAACCCCUUAAGGACACAUGACAUGUGUGACACGUCAUGAUUCCCUUUUAUUCCAGAAGUUUGGUCCUUAAGGGGUUAAAGGACCACUAUAGGCACCCAGACCACUUCAGCUUAAUGAAGUGGUCUGGGUGCCAGGUCCAGCUAGGAUUAACCCUUUUUGCUGUAAACAUAUGUUUACUUUAUGGUUUUUCCAGCCUCUAGUGGCUGUCUCAUUGACAGCCGCUAGAGUCGCUUCCGCGCUCCUCACUGUGAUUUUCACAGUGAGAAGACGCCAGCGUCCAUAGGAAAGCAUUGUGAAUGCUUUCCUAUGGACUGGCUGAAUGCGUGCGCGGCUCUUGGGACAUCAGAAGAGGGAGGAGAGUCCCAGCGCCGAGGGAGCCCAGUGCUGGAAAAAAGGUAAGGCAUUAACCCCUUCCUCCCCCUUCAGCGCCACGGGAGUGGGACCUUACGGGUUGGGGCACCCUCAGGGCACUGUAGUGCCAGGAAAACGAGUUUGUUUUCCUGGCAAUAUAGUGGUCCUUUAAGCUAAUUUGGCUUAAUAUUUGAAUUAUUAUUAUUUACAUAGCACCAACAAAUUCUGCAGCGCUGUACAAUGGGUUGACUAACAAACAUGACAAUGCACACUUUAGAGAUUAACUCUCCUUAGCUAUCUAUAGGGCUUUUUCGCCAAGUGUCAGUUAUGGAGAAUUGACAGGACAUCUGCACGUUUUAGGCCUGAAUAGCCAAACCUAAAAUACUGCCAUGUUGGAGAAAUCCUACAGUUUGGGUAUCAUGGCCUAAAUUUAGCAUUUCUCCAUAAUUCCUAGUUUGGUAAUUAAUCCAUAAGCCUAUAAUAAGACAAAAGGAGCAAUGCACUUAAACCCUGCCAUUUGAAGUGUUAUUUCAAGCAAAUUUAGGGCACUUAAAAUACAGUGAUUCCUAAAUCUAUCACUAUUCUCACCACAUCACUCGCCCCACACACUGUUGAUUUAAAUGUGGUCAUCUUAAAACAUGACUUUCCAUAACUGACAAGAACUGUGUAAACACUGUGAUGGUUGUUUAGAAGGAGAAGCUAUGGGGAAAGGAUUGAAAUGCAAUCCUCAGGAGAAACAUUCCAUGGUUUCCAUGGUGUUUACUCCAUUAGUAGAAGUUUGACCCACAGUAGCCUUUUUGUGUAUAACCCCCUGCGUUCUAAUGGAAUGUUUAUAGAUCCAGUCGCAUUAUAAAUCUGUAGUGUGAAAUCCCAUAUUCUAGGGGUAAAUAGUUAAAAGGGGAAAGAUAUUAUUGCCAGAUGGCCGUGUUGUCCUGGAUACAAUGUGUUGUUCUAAACACAUUGAAAAGAAAGGUUGAUUGAAACAAGACACACUAUGUAUAAUGGAUGAUUCAUGGGUUCCCUGAAUUAACCAUUUACUUUCCAUUGUGUAUAUUUUUCCAUAUAAGGGCAAUGCCUAUUGGUAACCAUUUUACAAAGGUCAAAGGAUUGAUCAGUUUUUACAAAACAUAGCUAUUUGCAUACUUUUAUUUCACUAUAAGGGAAAUAGUAUACCAAAUAUACCAUAAAUAUUAGAUCUGCUACAAAAGCAAGAUGGCAGCUUCCUGUACUCUUUCAGUAGUAGAGGGUGUGGGUGCAUGUCUGGUCUGAGAUCUAGAGGAUGCACGUCAGUUGAUCUGAAGUCUGUGGGGGAGGAGGCAGUCACAUUCAUGUAGUAUGUGCCUGCUACUACCGUUAGAUCAGGGGAGUUAACUGAGGCAGCAAACCUCCCUGGCUGUUUGAUUGACAGCCAGAAAGGUAUUCUAUAGUUAAUUUAUAGAAGUGUCGAUUUCACAUUGAAAUUGGCACUUUUAUAAACUUGGGUUAAACUAGGAUAUUCUUCACCCAUAAAGCACUGCAGCAAGAUGAAGUGCUUACAGGGUAUGGCGUGUUCUUUUGUUAAGAUUGUCAAGUGUAGGAAAAAUACAUAAGACAAAGUAGUCCUUAUAUCUUAUACUAUCUUUUUAGUGGAAUUUCAGUGAAAUUAAACACAUAAUUUAUGAACAUUUCAUAAAGGUUUUAUCUUGAUAACACUAAUUUUUUUACGGGGGAGGGGUGACUGAGCUGCUUCAAUAUAUAUUUCCAAAAAAACUAAACAUUAAAUGGAAAAAAAAGCUUAACAGAAGUUAUAGUGUUUUUUUUUUUUAUAGGGUUAUUAGCUAAAGUGAGAAUUGCAUUGAAUUCAAAGUGACUUUCAAAUGGAAGGCCAAAGUAGUCAAACUGAAAGCAUAUCUGACUCUGAGAAUUUUUCCGGGUUUAACUAUUUUGACCUUAAAUUUUAAAUUCACUCUGAAUUUCCUGCAAUCUUCACUCUAGUAAAUAACCCUGUUAAUGUCUUGUUCUGGUACUGUGUUUUUUUUAAAGAGCAAAAGUAUUUUUUAUUUUUUUUUAAUAUUUCCUCUUAUAUAUUAGAGCAUUCGCUACGGUAAACCUAAUGGAAAAAGUUAUCUUUGUAUUCUCACAUUCUUCAAGCCCCUCGUUGGUGCUAUGAUUUCAACAUUCAGGAUGGAGAGGCUGCUUGCUAUUCACCACGAGGGGGGACUUAUCGUAGCACUCUCGGAACACGAUGCCGGUUAUCUUGUGACCAGGGUUACCGACUCCUGGGGCAGAGUUCAGUGCAAUGCUUACCAAGCCGCCGCUGGUCCGGAAAUGCAUACUGCAGGAGUAAGUAUACUGUAUACAAUUAUGCUUGUUGCAUGACUUAUUUUUUACAAUUGACAUUUAUAUACUGCCAAGAUUUUCCACAGUGCUUUAAAAUAUUACUAUGGAGUAUAAACAGCAAAUAACAGUAUAACGACAAGUGUUAACAGGAAAAGAAGAGGGAAAAAAAGGGCCCUCACCUAGCAAGUUUACAAUCUAAGUUACAGACAUAUGAUUUGGUGGAUAUUUUGUGUUAAUAAAAUCAAAUAAGGUAUUCACUGGGUAAAUUUAUGUCAGAGUAGAUCAGUCAUGCUCUCUUGGUUUUCAUUCAAUGUGUCUUAUAUUUACAGUUCAUUUUAUAAAUAUAGAUAUCAUUUAAAAUCAUGGGCUUUACUUUCUGGAUGCAAUAUUAGCCUUUGUAACCUCAAUCAACUGGAUUUACACAUAGUUACAGAGCUGAAAAGAGACUUGCGUCCAUCAAGUUCAGCCUUCCUCACAUUUGUUUUUUGCUGUUGAUCCAAAAGAAGGCAAAAAAAAAACAGUUUGAAGCACUACCAAUUUUGCAACAAGCUAGGAAAAAAUUCCUUCUUGACCCCCGAAGGGCAGUCAGAUUUAUCCUUGGAUCAAGCAGUUAUUACCCUACAUUGAAAGAUUAUAUCCUUGAAUAUUCUGUUUUUGCAAGUAUGCAUCUAGUAGCCGUUUGAACAUCUGUAUGGACUCUGAUAAAACCACUUCUUCAGGCAGAGAAUUCCACAUCCUGAUUGUUCUUACAGUAAAAAAUCCUUUCCUUUGCCUUAGACGAAAUCUUCUUUCUUCCAGUCUAAACGCAUGGCCUCGUGCCCUAUGUAAAGUUCGGUUUGUGAAUAGAUUUCCACACAAUGAUUUGUAUUGGCCCCGAAUAUACAUGAAAGAUUAUGAGAAAAUGUGGAAAUAUAAAUAUAUAUUUUAGCUGGAACUCCAGAACAAAUAGCUAUAAGGGAUAACAAUAUCUUCAUUAACAGAAUAACAACUUGAAAACAGGAAAAAAGAAAUGAAAAAGCAUAUUGACAAGAUUAGGAAACUUUUAAUAUGUUGUCAAAACUUAAAAAAAUGAUUGGCUUAGUUUCUGAAAUGUAUCCUAAAUGUUUCUUUUGGUCAUCAUUUAUGUACACCAGCCGUAUGCUGUAAAAAUGUGUCGCAUGACUAAGAGGGUGUUGCGUGACAUUUUCAUUAUUAUACCAGUUGGCAAAAUCAAAUAGUUAAUUAAUUUUCCUAUUCUCAUCAAAUUGCAUUGGUGGCAGGACAUUGAAUUCUAUCACAUUUAACAAACAUUCAGUCCCAGAUUCCCUAUGGGUGUGGGGAUAAAUGUUGCAGUUGUUUCAUUUUUUUUUUUUUUUUAAACAGGGUAAUUCACUAAAUUUUGGAUUAAAAGAGAUUCACAAGGAACUUGCAAAAUCUAGCACUUUCAGAAUUAUUCCACUGUGUAUAUUUUGACCAUAUAUUUUUCUUCUCUGUUUGUGACAAUUCAAAGCUUAAUGAGUAACCCAGACGAUAUUUCUGUCCUACGACAUGAUGUAUUUGAUAAAAUUCACCAAUUACUGGACAAAAAAUAUCCUCCUUAAUCAAUGCCUCGGUAGGAAUGUUAGGAUUUGUAGUCCACCAACAUAGGUAAGCACAUGGUAUGCAAACGUCUAUUCAUGGUAAAAGUUGUGACCUUGACAGAUACAGUAUGUUUAAUUUUAUCACAUACACUGCGGAUGGAGAAUAGUCAAUUUAACUGCAAUUUUCUCACAAUUUUUUGUUUUGUUUUAGAGAAUCUGUGCCAUGUACUGCCCGCACUUCCUCAUGGAUCCUACCACUGCUCAGAUGGUGUAUCUGAAGGAUCUCGCUGCGAUUACACCUGUGCGUCUGGCUACCAGAUAGAAGGCGACCGUAGCCGUAUCUGUAUGGAAGACGGGCUGUGGAGUGGAGCAGAACCUGUCUGUGUAGGUAAAUUUUCAGAUCUAUAGAUUACAUACUAAAUGUGCUCUCGGUAGAAUUUGAGUAGUCUCAAAGGCUGAUAGAGGUUGGUAAGAAAUUCUAAAUUAAACAGGCUGUGGAAUAAAGGAAGUAUAAACAUCAGAUCUCACUUGACAGGAAGCGUUUAGGAAGGCUGUGCUCAUUACAUGCAGGGAGGUGCCACUAAGGCUGCAUAGACAAAGUGAUUUAACCCCUAAAUUGCAGCGAAUUGAGCAGUGGGAUUGUAGGGUCAUCUAAAUACCAAAACUGCUUCAUUAAGCUAAAGUUGGUUUGGUGACUAUAGUGUCCCUUUUAACGCUAAUGCUUUUCAAUCCCUACCGAAGUAUACAAAUGAUAAAAAAGUGAAUUUUGAAUUUGCAAGAUAUCUAAGACAAUCUAAAGAUGGACUCGGAACUGACAAGGACAGAACAAAUUUAGGCCAGGCAAAAGACAGAUUUUAAGCGUGGGACUGUAUACUGAUAUUCUCUGAUUAACUUGUUCAUAAAAUGUUCUUUUUGGAUCUCUGAGCUGUAUAUAUGAGGAUCUCUGGUUUAUAUUGAUGUUUUGGCAACCUCGAUUCCACUGUAAUUUAUAUCCAUCAGUAGACGUUAUAGCACCAUUAGGCCUUGCUGAGUAAAUCUGUGCUAGGGUUCAAUGUUUAUUAAAAUAUCUUGUAUUCUAUCAGAUGUGGACCCACCAAAGAUUCAGUGCCCUACUUCCAGAGUUAAAUUUGCAGAGCCAGAGAAACUGACAGCUGUGGUUUACUGGGGCAGACCUCAAGUGAAGGAUACAGCUGAUGGAGUGAUCACAAGGUAUGAUGGCAAUCACGGUUAUAUUCACUAGACUGAGAACUGAGUAUAAUUGACCAAGGAAAAGCACAUAUGGGAACAAAACUAUAAAUGAUAAUAAUAAUAAUAACAGUCAAACCUUUCCAAUUUGACUAUUUGCAAACUUAGACUUAAAUGUCUUGAGUCUAUUUUUAUUUACUCUCUGUACAUACAUUUGAUUGUUCUCAGAGUAGUGACAUAUCGCCCGAACUCAGUUCCUUUGGCUGAUGUUGACAUCAAAGCCAGUCUAUAUGUCUGCAUUGUUAUCUGGGUUCAUUACUGAGACCAGCUAUCGUUUAAGAAAAAACAAACAGUCGGUUGCUUAAUGCAUAUAUACAGUUAAAAUCUAAAAAAAAAUUGUUGUUGUUAUGGUUUGUUUCUUUUCAACCCAGAGUUACACUCAGAGGCCCUGAGCCAGGUUCGGAGUUCCCGGAGGGGGAACAUGUAAUCCGGUACACGGCAUAUGACCAGGCACACAACCGGGCAAGCUGUAAAUUUAUAGUGAAAGUGCAAGGUGAGUAUAUGUGCUCAGCUCAAGGCAUUUUAACUUGGUUUUCAUUUCACCAAAAUAAACCGCUAUAAAUAAAUUCCCAGAAUUCUUAGUUUAGAUGUAAGCAUCCGUUCCACUUCUAUACACAAUAGAAAUAAUUGAUGAUAUAUGAUAAUAGAUACAGGAUAUAAAUAAUAGAUGCUUAUGUGCCCAUAUAGACCGACGCAUUUUUUUUCUCUGCACAAAAAAUUCGCUAGACUAUGUAUUCAUAUAUAGGUGUAUUUUUUGAGCCUUAAUCUUCAGUUGAAUAUUUAUUUUUAAUGGCCUAGUGAGAAGAUGCCCCAUACUUUCUCCUCCCCUUCAUGGAUACAUCACCUGUAGCUCUGCAGGAAAUAACUACGGUGCAAACUGCGAGUACCUUUGUGAGGGAGGCUACGAACGCCAAGGACCAGCGUCCAGAGUUUGCCUGUUUAGUCAGCAGUGGGCAGGAACCCCAGCCACAUGCACACGUAAGUAAUUACCAUUUCUGAUAAUCAAUGUAAGGAAAAACCACCUAGCUGAGAAAGUAUCAGCCAAAGCCAAAGAGGGUUUGAUAAGCAAGACAAAAAUCAACAUGCAGCUAUUUGCCUAUUCUUUUAAUAAGUACUCUUACUUUUAUCUUGGCCAUGCAAACAUACCUUCCCAGUGUCUCUCUGAAGGAAAGUCCCUUACUUACACCAGAAGAUUUCGGUCUCUCUUCUUGGCCCCUGUGCUCUCCCCCUUGAUUUUCCAGGAUCCCAGAAUUUGUUGAGUGUAUAAGUAAAGCACAGGGAUCAACAAUAAUAAUACUGACAAUACUUUUAGUUAAUUGUAGUAAAUAACAAUUUGGCAUUAUCAUGUGAAUUAAAUAAUUAGCUCAUGGUAGCAGGUAUGGCCAAACCCACACUAGCUGGGGCUGAAAUAGCCCAUAAAUGACCUUGCAUAACUAAAAAUGUGUAAUUAAAGUAACUUCAAGCACCAUAACAACUACAGCUUGCUGACACUCUCAGGCAAUGAAUUAAACCUGCACUGCAGAUUUUAGCUCAGGAGAGUUAACCAAGUCCCUGCUUUGGAACCUAUGAAUCUAUGGUGUUAGUAGUGGAGGUGGGGAGCAGUGUCCUGCAGUCUCCAGGUAGAGUCAAGCUGUUCAAAAUCUGUUUAUCUUCUUACAAUGGGGAGUUGGUAUGGUGCUUCUGGCACCAUAACCAUUAUAGUGAGCGGUAGUGGUUAUGGUGCUUGGAUUGUUCCUUAUACGCUCUACUAUUGGGGAUCAGAUAUCUUGUGAUAGUAAGGAGGUAUGAUAGGAAAUACUUUAAGACUUGUAAUUCAUGUUCUGUUUCAUUUAAGGCAUGAAAAUAAAUGUUAAUAUGAACUCUGCUGGAGGUUUCAUAGACCAAUUCUUUGAGAAGCAACGUCUCCUGAUCAUCUCUGCCCCUAGCUCUUCUGACCGCUAUUACAGGCUUCAGUCAUCAGCCCUGCAGGUAAAUGCUGACACAGCACUAUAUGCUAUGCCUGUAUAUGCCACCUGCUGGAAAAUAAUGGGUAUUGCACAAGAGAAACUAAUCUAUACUAAGAACAGGAUUUAGCAUGACUGUACCAAAAUAACAAAACAAAAAAAAGGGCUGACAGUAUUAUGCAAACUGCAGACAAGCCACUAAAGUAUUCAUCCUUAGAAUCCAAUGAUAAAGACAAUAAUAUGAACAUUGAAUGUGCUGUGAUCAUGCAGGAGAAAAAAACAAUAUCAAAUAUCAUAAAAUUACCAGAUGCCCCUAGUCAAGCAUUACCUUGUGUAACCAUAUAAGUGCUGCAACAUUAGAUUGUUCUCAAGAACACACACAAAAGUUGAGAUUCACAGGACCCAAUAGUACGAAUUAGACACCAUUUAAAUAAAAACAGUGGAAGGCUAUCGGUGUUUAAUAGUUAUUCCCUUUUUAGUAAAUCUUUGGCACACCAAUGGCAGGCCAACCACCUGGGAAAUACUUAAAAUUGCCAUGUAAAUUCUACUGUUCCUUUGCAGACACAAUGCCUACUCUCAUGCAUCUGCAAAGCCUUAAGUGUGAUGAACAGUUUUCCUGAUACUCUACAACUCGUAGUAGGAUUUGUCUACAGUAACACUCCAAACAUGCUUUUAGCAGGCUCAACCUACAUGGGACUUAAUUAGCUGAUCAAUACAUUAUUUGGGGCAGAGACAGCAUAUUCUUUAUUUGUUUCUAUGUCUGGGCUUAACCUCUUAAUAUAAAUUUUAAAAUCUCUGUGCUAAAUAUUCAAAACAACUAAAUGUUGACUUCUAUAAAUUAUGAAUCACUAGACUAGAUAAGAUGUGACAUGAGAGGGAAUUUAUCUUAAAGAGGUGAUCAGACAACCAUAGAUCCCACAUUUAAUAAAAUAUAUGGAUAUUUUAUGUAAACAUAGAAAUCCACCAUUUAGCAAUUAAAUUUCUGAGACUAUAUAAAAAAAGUUUUUCAGCAUUUUGACAAAUAUUUACAGCCCCCUACAGUGAUGAUGGUGCCUGAUGUGCCUUGGUGUUGCCAGUGUAAUUUGUCAAAUCAUUUUGUAGUGGUUUGAUAACAUUCCUGGACCUGCUUAGCGCCCACAACCACAUACCCUACUUCCAGAGUUCUUCUGCAACUGAAUCCGGUUAGUUUUAACAAGCUUAGUGUCGCUCUCAUAGGCUGGUUGAGAGUGUCAUUUGAUGAUGAGAUGCAGUGUAGGUGUACUCAGGUAUGUUGUCAAACUGAAAAUGGUUUUGAAAAAUGGGAUUAAGCCAGGGCACGUCUGGCAACAUGACCAUUAAUCAUGCAGCCGUGGCAAUUAAUUUAUUUUCUGUUAUGGUGGGAAUCUAGGGUUUUAAAUAGGAGAAAAGUAGGUUGGUCAAAUGGAAUUGGUUUGGAUAUCAUCUUAGUUGUGUCCACUUUCUGGGGGGGGGGGUUACAGUUUAGAACAGGCCCACCAUCAUACAUGAAGAUAAUACUUUGAAAAUGUGGAAAUUAUCUCAUAAAAUUACCAAAACAGCAUGCAAAGCAAGUUAUAAACUCACGUGAGUCUGUUUCUGUCUUGGCCUUUGAUAGCACAACUUGAUACAAAACAAGUUCCAACUGAACUUUGAAUAGGCUCCUGUCUUGAUGCAGAUUUAAAUAAACUAAUUUUAAAAACAUGUUGUGCUCUCAAUUUACUUUCAUGAACAUUUCUUUCUAGAGUGCAAACUGUGGAUUUGAACAGCGACAAGUUGUCGUUGUUGAGCUGGUCGGAGAGGAGCCAAAUGAAGUUGGACGUGUGCGUGAACAGCAACUUUCACACGACCUCAUCGAACAGAUAAGGUAAUUAUCUUGUGCAAUAAGAGGAUUGCUAAUAUAGUUUUUGGGAUGUACGAAGACACAUAUUUCAAAUAAGUAAAUAGAAUUUCUACUUAACAAUCACUGUGCACACUACUGCGAACACUAUGGAAAGCAGAUGCAGUUAAUAUUAAGCUAGUGAUGCUAAGGCUCUUAGGUUUCCCAAAAUCACAAGGUUAGGCAACCUUUGGCACCCCAGAUACUGUGCACUACAUCUUCCACAUCUCUUACAACCAUGUUGGCAAAGCAUCAGGGGAGAUGUAGUUCAAAACUCUGGAGUACCGAAAGUUGCCUAACCCUGUAAUAGAGCUUUUCCAUUAAGUGAUCUGUAGAGUAUAUCAGCAUUAUUUUGUUGCCAUGUUGGUCUUUUUUGCAUCAGUUAACACGUUUGAUAUAUUUGGGUUUUUUUGUGUUGGGAGGUAGGUGCAAUUUGUAAUGCUCACUAUAUGUUAUUUUUCAACAGACAAGCUCUUCACAUGACCCGAUCAUACUUCAAUAUGGUCCUUCUUGAUAAAUAUGGCGUAGAUCGGGAACGCUACAGGGAUCCCAUUGGGUCUGAUGAGAUCUUCACAUAUAUUGAUACCUAUUUACUGAGCUCCCAGGAGAUGACUCAGCUGGAGGCUAAAAGAGAAAACUGUGAAUAGUAAAUAAUAAAGCCAUUCUGUAUAUACCAUGUAUGCUUACGAUAGGUAAACGUAUGGGACAAUGAUUGGCUAGAUUCCACGAGUAACUAUGUUUGAACAUUAGCGCGAUAAAACCAAUGGCCGAUGCACUGGAGGGGAAAUCUAUUCAAUGAAAGUUGUCCUUAAGUGUCUUCCGAGGUCUAGGACAGAGGUAGGCAACGUUCGGCACUCCAGAUGUGAUUACAGCCAUAAUGCUGGCAAAGCAUUCGGGUAGCUGUAGUCCACAACAUGUGGAGUGCCGAUGUUUGCCUACCUCUGGUCUAGGGUUUUCCUUUUUCAUAACCCACCUGUUGAUUAAUUAAACUUCCACAGAGAGCUAUUGAUCAUGAUGAGGUGGCUUCCUGGUUCGUCUACCCAUUUUCUACCCCAUGGUCUAGAAAUCUCUAAACAGCCAAUCAGAAACUUUAGAACUAAGCUGCUUGGGGGAAGGCUACGAAAAUCAAGAACAGUUGUUGGACUUAUUGAAAUACAAUUUAUAAGUAUUUAUUGAUAAUAAAAAGUAUAUUGUUGUUAUUUAAAAUAAAUAAAUAAACACAGACCUUG